AUGUUUGCUCGAUUGCAAGAUGUUGUACGUGAAGACAAACCUCUCAGAGUAGCGCAAAUGUUUAGGCAAAAUAAUGACCCGACAAGAAAAGGCUUCCAGGGACGUGAGACUGGUACUCAGUCUACUGAGACUGAUACUCAGUCUACUGACACUGGUACUCAGUCUAUUGACACUGGUACGCAGUCUACUGAGACUGAUACUCAGUCUACUGAGACUGAUACUCAGUCUACUGACACUGGUACUCAGUCUACUGAGACUGGUACUCAGUCUACUGAGACUGGUACUCAGUCUACUGAGACUGGUACUCAGUCUACUGACACGGGUACUCAGUCUACUGACACUGGUACUCAGUCUACUGACACUGGUACUCAGUCUACUGACACGGGUACUCAGUCUACUGACACUGGUACUCAGUCUACUGACACUGGUACUCAGUCUACUGACACUGGUACUCAGUCUACUGACACUGGUACUCAGUCUACUGAGACUGGUACUCAGUCUACUGAGACUGGUACUCAGUCUACUGAGACUGGUACUCAGUCUACUGACACGGGUACUCAGUCUACUGACACUGGUACUCAGUCUACUGACACGGGUACUCAGUCUACUGACACGGGUACUCAGUCUACUGACACGGGUACUCAGUCUACUGAGACUGGUACUCAGUCUACUGAGACUGGUACUCAGUCUACUGACACGGGUACUCAGUCUACUGACACUGGUACUCAGUCUACUGACACUGGUACUCAGUCUACUGACACUGGUACUCAGUCUACUGAGACUGGUACAGAGUCUACUGAGACUGGUACUCAGUCUACUGACACUGGUACUCACUCUACUGACACUGGUACUCAGUCUACUGACACUGGUACUCAGUCUACUGAGACUGGUACAGAGUCUACUGAGACUGGUACUCAGUCUACUGACACUGGUACUCACUCUACUGACACUGGUACUCAGUCUACUGACACUGGUACUCAGUCUACUGAGACUGGUACAGAGUCUACUGAGACUGGUACUCAGUCUACUGACACUGGUACUCACUCUACUGACACUGGUACUCAGUCUACUGACACUGGUACUCAGUCUACUGAGACUGGUACAGAGUCUACUGAGACUGGUACUCAGUCUACUGACACUGCGAUGCGAGUGGUCCGGGCCACGGUAGUGUGUGUCGACGGCAGCGUCAGGAGUGUAGACUGUGACGUCACGACGGAGCUGAGUGGAUCUCACGCGGCCGACCAACAGCUCAGUACCAGUAGAGACACCAUCGUGUUCGGAAGUGGGACUCAUAGCUGCUCGUGCUGA